AUGGAAGCUGAGGUUGUGAUCUCGAAGGACUCGAUGGAGGAGGACGAUGUCAAGGCUUCUAGAAAUAGAGGCCAAGCUGAAGGCGAUCGUUUGCUACGGUGUGGGAAGAAGCCGAAGGGUGAGGCUGUGGAGGAUCUAGUCAUGGAUGAGAUCAUGCAAGACAAAGGAGAGGGAGGUUCUGAAAAUUCACCGGUUGCUUCUGGGCUACCGGAAGGAGUAAAAGGGGAUCUGAAGUGCAGCGCCCAGCCUCGUGUGGUGACUUACAGGGAUAAACUCCUUCGUUUAAAUGGUCUGGGAGGACAACUGGAUGUCGAAGAAGACUGGAUCUCUAUGCAGAAACGGGAAGAAGAAGAGGCUGAUCUGUUGGAGGGGAUUAAUCAGGUCCUUCCUGAUGAUCCACUCUGCCCGCGCUACACUAUUCCUGUAGAGGAACACAAGCGUGAUUGUGAGCAAUGGAGGAAGGCUCUCAUCAUCAAGAUGUUAGGGAAGCGGAUUGGGGCUAGAUUCCUGAUGUCCAGACUUGUGAGGCUGUGGUGUUUGGUAAGUUCCUAUGAGCUGAUUGGUUUAGAUAAUGGAUAUCUGCUUAUUCGAUUCCAAGAAGACAAUGAUUAUCGUCAUGUGCUGGAAGAGGGCCCGUGGAUAGUGAAUGAUCACUAUGUCAUUGUUCAACGUUGGAGGCCACUCUUUGAUCCUUAUGAUGAGGAUUUUAGGAAAGUGGCUGUUUGGAUUAGGAUUCCGGGUUUGCCCAUUGAGGUGUACAAACCUCGUCACCUAUGGAGAAUUGGGAAUUUCUUUGGUAGAACGCUGAAGUUGGAUCGAAAUUCACUUCGGAAAAAUGAAUUGGGUGAUGCUGUUAUCACAGAGAGAGGCAAAUUUGCUCGAAUUUGUGUAGAAGUUGACUUGAGAAAGAGUUUCCUGUCGAAGUUUACCAUAGGGAUCAAGAUCUAUCAUGUUGGAUAUGAGGGAUUACACCUCAUCUGCUUCAAGUGUGGCUUGUAUGGCCACAGGAAGGAUCAAUGCCCAGAGGACCAAGCUCCAGAGGUUCAGACUACCGUGGAAGAGUCCAGUAAGGGGCAAGCUGUUCCUUCCAAUGCCAAGCCUGUGAGUGAGGUGACCAAGGAGAAUCAGGGGGAAGCAUUUGGUACCUGGAUGGUUGUCCAGAGGCAGGCUAGAAGUCGUAAGUUGAAAGCCAAGCCAGUCAAGCAGGAUGUUUAUGAGGCGGUGGUGCAGGACACUAAGUCUAUAGGGGUGAAUCUGUCUAUAGGAAGACCACCCAAAGUCUCAGGGGUGGUUAAUUCUGACAUCAGUCCGCCUACUGUUUGUUCUCUUCCAGCUAAAGUGACUGAUCUUAGUAUCUGUGUGGCUGUUAAGGAGGAAGCUCUUUCUGGUGAGAAAGCUCAAAGGAGCUUAAAAUCUCCUGAUCAUCAGUCAAAGAGGAAUGUAACUAGGGAUCCUAAGGAGCGAGCCAAGAUCCAGCCCAAGGCCAUUCUAAAGAAGCCAGGUGUUGAGAAUAUUCCUCCGAAUGCUGGGAUUGAGGGCCAACCCAAAGGGACCAGUAAAGUCAGGAUUAGAAGUAAAGGGACCUUGAAUGUAAGAGAUUUUGUUGAGGAUGGGAACAACAUGGCAGCUAAGAAGGGCUUGAGUGUAGCUGGGCAGAAUUCCCUGGGGAUUAAUUCUUCUAAACAAGGGGUAGGGAAGAGAAGCUUCCCUCCUUUUAUUAGAGAUCUAAAUAACAGGUUUAAAGUCAGUGUUUUGGCUUUGCUGGAGGUUAGAGUUGGUGGAUCUAGAGGUGAUAGGAUCAUUAACCAAUUGGGGCUUUCGAGCCAUUUCAGACAGGAUCCUGUGGGUUUCUCAGGGGGUCUGUGGCUGCUCUGGGAUGAGAAAAAGGUUAAACUGGAUGUGUUACAGACUCAUCACCAAUUUGUGCAUACAAGGGUUCACUAUCUUGACUCUCUGGAGACUGACUUCAUUACAUUCAUUUAUGGACCUGAUUUCACUUGGAAGAGGGGUAGACUCCAAGAACGUUUGGAUAGAGCAUGUGCUAAUGAAGAUUGGAACCUAGCCUGGCCUAACAGAUUUGUAUCUCAUUUGCCUUUCUUUGAUUCAGAUCAUAGAGCUAUUCUGGUGGCAAAUGGUGAUGGGGCUAGGCCUAGGGAUUACUCUAGAACCUUCAGAUUUCUUGCAGCUUGGCUCACUGUCCCAAGUUCGAAUGUUUUUAGGAAGAACAUGAUUCAGAAAAACAGAAUUUAUUCUCGGUUGAAGGGGUUGGAGAGUUACAGAGCUGGUUAUUAUGAUCAUAACUUGGAGAUUCUUCAAAAAUCUCUUUGGAAGGAGCUGCAAUCUAUUCUUCUUUGUGAGGAAUUGACUUGGUUCCAAAGGUCCCGAAUUCAAUGGUUAAAAUAUGGUGAUAAAAACUCUAAGUUUUUUCACUCUUCCACAGUGGCAAGGAGAAGAUUUAAUAGAAUUGUUGCUCUUCAGAAUGACCAGGGGAGGUGGAUCACUGAUUCUGAUGAGCUUGUCCAUAUGGCUAUCUCCUACUAUCAGGAUCUGUUUAGAAUGGAUGAGGAGUGUGAUGGUUCUUUCCCUAUUCAGCAUACGUUCCCUAUCUUGUCUGAUGGAGACGGAGCAGCUUUGUCUAUUAUUCCUAGUAAGGAAGAAAUAAGGAAGACUAUUUUUAAGAUGGGCAAAUUUAAAGCUCCUGGUCCGGAUGGUUUGAGUGCUAUCUUCUUUCAUAGCCAAUGGGAUUCCAUAGGAGACUCAGUGUAUAAGCUAAUUGCUGAGAUUUUUGUUUGUCCUGAUAAGGUGAAAGAUAUUAAUGGUACAUUGAUAUGUCAUAUUCCUAAGAAGGAUAGUCCUAGUAGCAUGAAGGAUUUUCGCCCAAUCAGCCUAUGCAAUGUGAUUUAUAAAGCUAUCACUAAGACUUUAGCUGAAAGAAUGAGAAACUUGAUGCCUAGAAUUGUUUCUCCAAACCAGUGUAGCUUCAUAAAAGGGAGGCAAGGUACUGAUAAUAUCAUCAUAGCUCAAGAAGUCAUCCAUUCCAUACGUAGUAGAAAAGGAAACAAAGGAUGGAUGAUGAUCAAAGUGGAUUUAGAAAAGGCCUAUGAUAGGCUUAGUUGGAAGUUUGUGUUGGAUACUUUGAAGGAUGUUGGGUUCCCUGAGUCUACCUCUCAGUUAAUCCUCAGUUGUAUAUCCACUUCUUCCUUAAGCCUUUUAUGGAAUGGAGUAGCUACAAGUAAGUUCUUACCUGGCAGAUGUAUAAGGCAAGGGGAUCCUAUUUCCCCUUAUCUCUUUGUUUUGUGUAUUGAGAGACUCUCCCAUCUCAUUAAUAUGGCAGUGGAUAUUGGUGCUUGGAAGCCUAUUGUCCUGAGAAAGGGUGCUCCUCCUAUUUCACAUUUGCUUUUUGCUGAUGAUCUAAUUAUCUGUGCUGAAGCUAGCAUUGAACAAGCUCAUGUGAUUAACCAGGUCUUAAAGGUAUUCACUAAAGCUUCUGGCCAGAAAGUUAGUAGUGAAAAGACUCGGGUGUUUUUCUCCAAAAAUGUCCAUGUUAGUAGAUCCAGUGAGAUUAGUGAGUCCUUGGGAGUUGGGAUCACUGCUGAUUUGGGCAAGUACCUAGGGGUACCUCUCCAUCAUAAAAGACUUACUAAGAAUUCUUUCAAAUUUGUCCUGGAUAGGGUUCACAGAAGACUGUCCAGCUGGAACCAGUCCUCCCUUUCCCUUGCUGGGAGAUCUGUUCUUGCAAAAGCUGUUUUGGAAGCCUUACCUUCCUAUGCUAUGCAGUCAGCUGUUGUUCCCAGUGGCAUAUGUUCUGAGAUCGAGAAAUUAACUAGGAGUUUUAUUUGGGGCUCUACUAAGGAGCAUAGGAAGACCCAUUUGGUGAGCUGGAAGAAGAUUUGUAGACCAAAAAAAGAAGGUGGUCUGGGCUUCAGGGAGCAGAACCAAGUUAACAAGGCUUUCUCUAUGAAGUUGGGGUUUGGUUUGCUAGCUAACAGGGAUGAUCUUUGGGCCAAGGUUUUGUGCAGCAAAUAUAAAGUGGGGGAUGAUCUUAUGCCCAGAUUAAAUUGUUGUAGGAAUGUCUCUAAUACUUGGAGGGGCAUACAAAAUUCCUGGGAGGUAGUCAAGGAAGGUACUAGAAUUUCCCUUGGGGAUGGGGAAUCUACCAAGUUCUGGCUUGACCAUUGGUUGCCAUGUGAUGGUAAUCUGUUAGAUAAGGUCUCUGUCAGUUUCCCUGAGGAGUUUCAACAUUGGAAGGUAGCUGAAUGUGUUACUAAUGGAGAGUGGGAGUGGGAUAAAUUCAGUCCUUAUCUUUCGGAUGAAGUUCUAUAA